AUUAAGCGGAGCAGACCAAAAUCCCAAACAAGGAAAUGGUGGGGGAAUAAAACGACCAUAUUAUUUAAUUAAUGCAUGUUAUAAUUCAUAUUUUAUUUUAUUGUAAAUUAAGAAAUAUUUAUGGGUUAAAAUGGAUUACGACUUCAAAACAAAGCUCGCAGCCGAACGAGAGAAGGUAGAAGAUCUGUUCGAAUAUGAAGGUUGCAAAGUGGGUCGAGGCACCUACGGGCACGUUUAUAAAGCUAAGCGCAAAGACGGGGAAGAUGAGAAGGAGUAUGCACUGAAACAAAUUGAAGGCACUGGAAUAUCGAUGUCUGCUUGCAGGGAAAUCGCUCUGUUACGAGAACUGAAACACCCCAACGUGAUCGCCCUGCAGAAAGUGUUCCUGUCUCACAGUGACAGAAAGGUGUGGCUCCUCUUUGACUAUGCUGAGCAUGACCUCUGGCACAUCAUUAAGUUCCACCGUGCCUCCAAGGCCAAUAAGAAGCCUAUGCAGCUGCCGAGAGGCAUGGUCAAGUCUCUCCUGUAUCAGAUUCUGGACGGGAUCCAUUACCUUCAUGCCAACUGGGUGCUUCACAGGGAUCUGAAACCAGCCAACAUUUUGGUUAUGGGGGAGGGCCCAGAACGAGGACGAGUGAAAAUCGCUGACAUGGGCUUCGCCAGACUCUUCAACUCUCCUCUCAAACCGCUGGCGGACCUUGACCCCGUCGUGGUGACAUUCUGGUACAGGGCCCCUGAGCUUCUGCUAGGGGCCAGACAUUACACCAAAGCAAUCGACAUUUGGGCAAUUGGCUGCAUCUUUGCGGAGCUGCUGACAUCGGAGCCCAUCUUCCACUGUCGCCAGGAGGACAUUAAGACCAGUAACCCUUUCCACCACGACCAGCUGGACAGGAUAUUCAGUGUCAUGGGCUUCCCAGCAGAUAAAGAUUGGGAAGACAUCAGGAAGAUGCCAGAGUACCCCACCCUUCAGAAAGACUUCAGGAGAACGACGUAUGCAAAUAGCAGCCUAAUCAAAUACAUGGAGAAACAUAAAGUCAAACCUGACAGCAAGGUUUUCCUGUUGCUCCAGAAACUCCUCACAAUGGACCCCACCAAAAGGAUUACGUCUGAACAGGCACUGCAGGACCCAUAUUUCCUGGAGGACCCCUUACCAACCUCAGAUGUAUUUGCCGGAUGUCAGAUACCUUACCCAAAACGAGAGUUUCUAAAUGAAGACGAGCCAGAUGAGAAAACAGAGAAGAACCAGGCCCAACAGCACCAGCAGACGACAGCCCAGGCCCAGCAGCAGAGUGGCACCCAGCAGGCUUCUAACCAGCAGAGUUCUACCCAGACCAACGGCAACGCAGGGGCCACUGGAGCCAAUGCCGGGGGAGGCCUCCAGCACGGCCAGGACCAGGGGCCCCCGAACAAGAAAUCUCGCAUCGGGCCCUCGGGAGCCUCCUCAGGCACUGGGGUCCACCAGGUUCAGCACUCCAGCUCCCGCCUUGGUUACCAAAGCAACGUCCAAGGUUCCACUCAGUCCCAGGGAUACUCGUCGUCCUCCCAGCAAAGCUCACAGUACUCCCACCAGCCACACCGCUACUGAGGCUCUUAGAACAGGCCAGGGGCCUCUCCCAAACCAACCUUAGCAUAACCUCUCACCUCCCACUGGCCAAGGUAUUGCUGACUCCUCGUCCUGAUCACACCUCAUUAUGUGUCAGAUCAUUCCAACAACACAACAGUCACUCCUUCUCCUCCUUCAUGUCAGCCCAACUACACUGAGUGAUCCUGGCCUCACUUCCACCCAAUGCCCUCACACUUACCCACCCGAGGACACAAUAUGAAGGCCAACUCAACAUAGGAACCAAAAACAAACCCUGCCUCCUUGAGGGGUAGGACAAGAUUUUUGGAUUAUCAUCAAGUGACAAAAUCGGUUGAUACUAGAUUAUAAGAAGGAAACACGUCAGGUGUAACUGACUACACACGCCUGACUACAACACAAAGACUAUGAACCAUGACACUUACAAAAAACAUGUUCUUCAAGAGGAAGAAUUGCAGCUCUGUUCAUAUAUAAAUAUAUAUAAAUACUGUAUAGCACCUUUUUUUAUUUGUUUAACAAGAGACUUGUUUUUGCUCGUUUGCUCUGUAGAGUUUAAAUUGACUUCGAUCGUGGAUGUUUUUGUAAAUAUUGUUUGAUAUAGAAAAAGAUGGAAUGAAAUGGGAAAAUAGCCCUUUACUGUUAUCACUUUCCUGUACAGUUAUUUACCCUGGAUAUCUGUUGUAUCCAGAUAACAAUCAAAGCAAAAGGAAGAAAAUUAGCCUUUCCUGAUGACAAAACAAGACAGAAGUCUUCUGAGAACUUCUAUUCUCCCCUUGGCUUGGAAUUACAUUUGUACAGAAGAAAGUUAGCUCUUUAGCUGAUGUGAUUGCAGGGAACUACGAAAUACACUAUUAUAUCUUAAUCUUGUUAUAAAAAGGUUUAUGUUUUCUACUUUUAAGCCUUUUGUUUUUCUAGAUUUGUAGUCUGAAAUUCUGCAUUGGAAGGAACCGUUUCUCAACCUUUCUUCAGUCUGCAGCAAGUUAUGUAAGCUCUAAUUGUCUCCAGCAUCUCUAGGUACCCCAUGUCACCUGACCGAUAAAAACUACCAAGCUACUGUUUUACUAUGGGUCGUGUCCAUCAAAGGAACAUUUGUUGGUGAAUCUGAAUGUUCUCCUUUCUGGGCAGAGGUGUUUGAGUGUGUGUGAGGUGCUCGUUGUGGACACCUUGGCUUGACAGGUCUUACCAUGGACACAGACGUCACUGAAGGUUUUUUAUUUUUCUAGCUUUUAAUGUCUCAUUAUUGCCCUUUACAUGUUCCGUUUGUAAUUCCUCUUAUUCAGUCAAAGGACUGCACUGCUGAACGGAUCUGCAAAGAGCUGGAACAAAUAUGGGAAGUAUUACGCCCCAGCCUCUUCAACUCCACACCCCUGGUUGCACACUGAGUAUUAACCCAGGUAGAGAAAUGGUUUCUUAUAGUAUUUAUCCUGUGAAAAAUAGUUGACUGGAUCUGCACUGUGUGUGCGCGCCCAAACACACAGAUACUGUAGAUGGACACGGGAUAAGGCAGCCACUUCAGCUUCUUCUGUGACUAGGGAAGGGAUGUGGAAACAUUGACAUCUAGUGGCCAUAGACAGAACCGGAUCUCUUGUGCAGGGAUGGUGAAAAUGUAUUGUGUUCAGAAUAUGUCACAAGGAUCAAGGUAAUCUUUAUCAAGACCUUGCAUUAAGAUUCUUUAAACUGCCUUUUGUGAUGUUCAAAAACAGCGGCCGUGUUCAACUGGCAUAUAUUGAUGAUGAUGAUGAUGAUGAUGAUCAUCAUCAUCAUCAUCAUCAACACUGUCCUUUUGUAGCCUAAGGAGAGAGACUCUUAUUUUGUUUUCUAUAGUAAGAAAAUAUUCACAGCAACAAUACAAGGUACUAACAUGUAUUUCACAACUGAUAGACUGCUCUCUGUGAAGCUGUUUGCUAAUGACAGUGAUACUGCACAGUUCUUCAGUGAUUGAUUGGUCUGUCAUCUCUGGCCCCGUCAAACAGGUGGAUUUAGAGAGCCCCUCGUAUUGAGAAAGCUGCUGUUGAUCACCGUCUGUCUGUCUGUCUCCUUCUCUCUUCUCACACACCAGAUGUCUUUCACAGCACUCCCAGGUUACUUACUGUACUACAGUAUGUCUUAUGUGUGUUGAGGUGAAGGCCAAAACACUAGAUGAACAAAAGGGACUGCUCACUCCUUGUUCAAGAUGAGUUCCCAACAGUCGCCCAGAAUAUUUUGUAUGUCGGACUGGCUCUCUAUUUGAUGCUGAUACAAUGUAACUGUAUUGGUUUGGGUUUGAAUUUCUCUUUUUCUAUUUCUGUAUGAUCUGGCAGGCACACAGGCCCAGUGGAUUAACAACAGCCUUCCCAGAACAGUGGUGUUUACUCGGGAACAAAACCAGCAGCUAUUCAAAGGUUUUUUCUCUAUUUUUUUCUAUUGGCGCGUAUUUGAAGUAUAGUUGAAGAGAAUUGAGGAUACAUUAGAUACUGUUUCUCAAUUUAUCUCUACAAAAGCGAGGUAUCAAAAGUAUUAUUAAUUGUGCGGCUCCAUCAAGUGAUAGUGGGGCAAAUAACUGUCAAACAGUUCCUAUGCAAAAUCAAAGAGAGAGGUUUUCACUUGUGCAAUGCUUCAGUUUUACUAUGAGAGCAUGCCGUUCAAAGUUUUCUUAUUGUUUUAAAAAUGAUUGGGAUAUCCAUUCCGCAAUGUAAUUCUAAUAUUGAAUAUCGUAAUUGAAGAAGGCAUUCACUUGUUUCUUACAGCACUGGUAAUUGUACUCUAAAUGAAAUAUUGUAAAGAAAAGAAUGCAUAUAUAUGGAUAGUAUAUGGGUUGUUCCACGAAAAGAGUGCCUUUUGUGUCCCUUUGAUAUUUUAAGUAGAAAUUGUGCACCAAUAUUUGAUUUUAAAAGCCUGCUAUAUUAAAUGAAGUGCCCUUUAAUAUAGACCACAUGUACAAUUCAAUCAAUCUGAUUUUUUAUAUGAAUAAAGGCUUGCUAAAGUGUCCCUCCGUCAACCUUGUGUCACUUAUAGGAAGAUUUCAACCCACUUAAUCAAAAAAUGUCUCCAAGUUUCACCAUGAUUGUAACGCCCUAGUUAUUUUGUUGCUUUGACAAAGUAAUUUCAGAAUAUUAUUAUUUAUUUCAUGUGAUUAGUCCCUCAU